UAGCUUGAAUGAAUUCCCAUGGAGAGGGAGGAAUGACCAUUCCUUUAAACGUAAAAAUGGCAUUCUACUUGGAAUGGGAAUUGGAUUCCGAUUCGGCCCAAUCAAACGAUCGGAACAUUCUUAUUCCAAUUCCAGACCCUUGUUCCCGCUAACCAAAUUGGUCCUCAAUUGAUUUGUAACGUGACUACUGCUGAAGCCAUCCCAAACGCGCUCUAGUCGGUCAUUUGAAGGGCCGUCCGCCUAUCCGGAGUGCUGCAGCCCGAAGGUUCGAAGCUACUGGCCAACUUCUCUCAGCCGUCUGAGCUAUAAGUUGGGAUUCGAAUUCUCCCGCCAGAAACAGAGCGGUUAAAUAACCGUUUCUAGAUUGUCAAUCUUAUAAUGGCUUUCAACUUGACAAUUCUACUGUCGAUUUUUCUCUAUGUCGAUCCAAUCCCUUUCCGUCAUUAUUAUUCUCCUCCUGCACGAAUUUGAAUCCGCCGCUGUCUCCCAGUCGCCGGAUUUCCAAAAAUUUCCUGGCUACAUGCGUCCAUUCAUCGCUCAAGAGUUUGUCAGAAAGACUGCUUACAGGCUUUCUAAACCUCUUAUUGGAGAUGAUGGGAGGAUAUACACGUGUUUUGAAAGGAAUCUUUUUGCAUUUGAAAGCAAUGGUUCUAUUGCAUGGGUUAUACCUCUGAAUUAUACAUGUAAUAUGGAGAUAGCUCCAGUUUGUGAUGAUAAAGGCAAGAUGUAUUUAAUUGCGGAAAAUAGAGUACUGAAAAUCAAACUCCAAAACAUUGGAAAUUCUGAAUCUGCUGCAGAAGUUUUCUUUGGUCCAGAAUCAACCAUGGGAGGAUCAGAUGAAAUUGUUGGUCUCUCCAUAAGCAUGUUGAGUUCAUCUAUAUUCAUCAACAUAAAAAAUCGGGGCCUCUUUGCUUACUUGUUGCAUGGACAACUUCUCUGGAGUGCUGGACCUGUGCUCUAUCGAUUUGGUUACCGUCAGGGUUGUAAGAGAAGUGUCACAGAUUGUUAUUUUACAUCAGGUCCUGUCAUUGAUCAGUGUGAAGCUAGUAUUUAUAUCUCAAACUCUGAAGGAGAGAUAUAUUCCUUAUCUCUUUUCAAUCCUCAUUUCAAAUGGAUCCAAGAUUUUAGUGCAUUUGACAAGCAACUCGUAAUCACUCCUGGUAACAAUGGCCGUGUAUAUGUAACUAUCCCAGUGAGGGCCCUUGUGUUUGCACUAGAUGCUUCUACCGGAAAUAUCCUGUGGCAAAAUGGUGUUGGUCCAUUAAGUACUGCAGAAUGCUCACCAGUUGUUGAUUCCAAUGGUUGGAUAUCUAUUGGUUCAUUGGAUGGAUUCCUGUACUCUUAUUCACCAACUGGGGUUCUCAAGAAGUUCCCAAAAGAAACUUCACUAGAUUCAGUGAUUCAAGUUAGUCCUCUUCUUGAUUGUUCUGGAUAUGCUGUCUAUUUCUCUCAGGUGGAGAUGGAUGGAAAGAUAAGUCGAAUAAUUGGUGAAUAUACAUAUGUCUCUGCCAUGAAACCAAUAAAUGCAGUUUUUACCAUGCUGGUUCCAGCUAUUGGGGCCAUUUAUUGGAAAGGAAAUUAUCCUGGUCAAUUAUCGUCUUUGUUGUUGGGGAGUGAUCUUCACCACUUUGCAUUGGAUGAGAGGAUUCUUCUUGCUUUUGUAGCUGCAACAAAGACCAGAAAUCCACUGCCAUGCCGUACCACACGACAGAAGCUUGCUUCAAGUUGUGCCCAAGCAAGGUCCAAGCACCUUAGCAUCUAUACAGGAAAUGAAGGGGAAAUACUAUUAUUUCUAUUAUUCCAGUCUUCCAUUUUGAUAGUUCUGGCUUGUUUUGUCCGUUUUUGUUGUAUAUUUUGGAGGAAAAAGAAAAUUCAAGGGAGAGACCUUGGGAAAUUCCUAGAGAAGAGGCGUUCUCUUCGAGUCAGGAAGAAAGCUUUUGAUAGGACAAUUACAGAGCUUGAGCAAAAGGCAGCAGAGGAAGCAGUGGCCAAUGAAGUACUAGAAAAGUUGGGAGGUUUGGUAAGAGAGCGCAAGGGCAUAGAAAGGAAGCUUUCAACAACCUAUAGUUUGGGUAGGGAUGGAGUUGGAUUACAGCCACAGCAUGCCCUUCCCCUGUAUGAUGGGAGCACAAAGAGCUACUCUUUUCGAGGUACUAAAAGAGAGAGUUUUACCAUCUUUCACACGCUAAGUGAUACUUCAGACGAAACCACCACCAGCAGCAGUAGCGGUAGUAAUGGAAAUAGCAGCAGCGGUGAUGGAGAGAUGACCUGGUAUUAUCGUGGAGAUAAGGAAUCUGCAUAUAAGGCAAAGGCACCCGCGGAAGCUGGGACUUCUAGGAAUAUUGGGAUAUGUGGGGAAGAGUAUCAAGAAAGUUUGCCAGGGAAAGCAUUAAGUUCAAAAGGAUUCACCAACCCAUUGUUUGUUGAGCACACUUCAGGUGAGUUAAAGGAAGCACAUAUGCAUGAGGAAGAGGUGAUGGAGCCCAUGCAUCAAGGAAGUAGUAAGGGUAUAUUGUUCAAGAGGAGUAGGACCCUUUCUUCGACUAACUAGAAAAAGACUAGCUAAUGCCAUUCUGGAGGUUGACCCUAAUACUAUUGUGAUGGUUUAAUGACUGAACCUGGUUAUUGUUCAUUAUCCCUGGUUAUUGUCUAUUAUUUCAUUACUUCUGUGAUAGUGAAUUCUGUUUUAUGAGCAUGACUUAUCAAUUAGCUUCUUCUGAUUA